GGACAAAGACUUUCUGUUAUAAUUACUCAGAAGCGUCUAACAGAAAAUUAUAAAUCAUGAUGAACAAAGUUGUUCUGAGUUCGAUUCUGUUUUUCAUGUUGGUGGGUUCGGUUCUUGUAGUGGAGGCUCGUCCCUUGGGUUUAACGAAGGCCGAAGAGAAGCUAGUGGCUAAGUUCUUCGAUGGUUUAUCACUUAGAGCGAUCAAGGAAUCGGGUCCUAGCUCCGGUGGUGAGGGUCAUAAGGUCGUGGAUCGCAGUGAGCCGCUUGUAUAUGUUAAGCAAUCCGGUCCCAGCCCGAGCGGACCGGGUCACUAACUAAGGAACCCGUGGUUCCAGAGUUCCUAUCGGACUGGUUAAAGUGGCCAGAUUACUUCUUUCGUUUCUUUUAUUUGUUAUACUUUUCAGAUUAGUUGUAGACUUGUAGGUAAGAAUUUUUCUUUACCUACCACUACCAUACAAUGAUGGAGGACAACAUUCUAGGAAAUCAAGAAUUAGUAGAACCUCAAUUUAUUCUCUGUUGACUUUUUUGGAUUAUGGAAAUUUAUUUUAAACAGUUUACAAUGUAAUAAAGUUCAUUGAUUAUUUUCACUGAUAUAAUAAAUUCAUUUAAAUU